AUUGGCAGAGAGGGGUGGAGGACACUGAGUGUGGAGGGGAUUGGCAGGCUAGUGGAGGGAUUGGCAGAGAGGGGUGGAGGAGAGAGGGUGGGAGCCAGUGGAGGGAUUGGCAGAGGGGGAUGGAGGACACUGAGUGGAGGCCAGUGGAGAGAUUGGCAGAGAGUGAUUGGCAGAGGGGGAUGGAGGACACGGAGUAGGAGUCAGUGGACGGAUUGGCAGAGGGGGAUGGAGGACACUGAGUGGGAGCCAGUGGAGGGAUUGGCAGAGAGGGGGGAUGGAGGACACUGAGUGGAGGCCAGUGGAGAGAUUGGCAGAGAGUGAUUGGCAGAGGGGGGUGGUGG